CCGCUGUCCCCUUCCUAGUUAAGGUGCGGCAUAAGAACAGGUGCGCAUGCAUUCACCGACAGUUUUUAAGCCGACAUAUCGCUUCUGUGUGCUACUCUUUCAUUUGCAGAAAGCAAAGGACUUUUUAAAAUAUAUAUAAUUUUUUUCUUUUUAAAAAGGGACAUAACUUUGUAAGAAGCAAGUAAGUCUUUUCUUUUGUUUUUGUUUUGCUUGUUGGAUUUUAAAGGAACAGGACUUUUCGCAGCAGGUGGACCUCUUUGGCUUUUUGUUGCUAUUGAUCCCAACUUAGGAGAAGGGAGAACAAAUCGUCGAAAUGGCAAACAAGGGUCUUCAGAUUCUGGGCUUCGCUCUGGCUCUCCUGGGCGUGAUUGGAUUGAUAAUCGGCACCAUUUUGCCACAGUGGAAGAUGUCAGCCUUUGUUGGCUCGAACAUCAUCACGGCGGUGUCCAUGUACGAAGGACUGUGGAUGUCCUGCGCGUUUCAGAGCACAGGCCAGAUCCAGUGCAAAGUGUACGACUCCAUGCUGCAGCUCAACAGUGCCCUUCAAGCAACCCGCGCCCUCAUGGUCGUGAGCAUAAUUGUGGUCGUAGCUGGGAUGGGGGCAGCUGGCAUGGGGAUGAAAUGCACCAACUGCGGAGGCGACGACCAGGUGAAGAAGGCCAAGAUUGCUAUGACUGGCGGCAUUAUUAUCUUGAUUGGAGCGUUGUGUGCCAUCGUGGCCUGCUCUUGGUACGCCAACGACAUCGUCAGAGCCUUCUACGACCCCUUCACUCCUGUCAACACAAGGUAUGAGUUCGGGUCUGCCAUCUUCAUCGGCUGGGCUGGAUCUUUUCUGGCUAUAAUUGGAGGUGCCAUGCUGGCGGCGUCCUGCCCAAGAGAAAAGCGUUCGCCCAGCUAUCCCAUGUCCAGCAGGCCCCCCAGCAACAAGCAGGACUACGUUUGAACAGGAUAGGAAUUGGUUAUUGUUUGAAAGAACAUUUUAAUAUUCACCCUGAAUCCAUCUGGAGAAAUGUAUG